ACAGCGUGUCCGCAAUGGCCGAUGACUCUACUUCUCUGCCUAAAAGGCGUCAAUUGCGAGAACGAACUAAGAAGUUAUACACAGACGACUGGACCAUAGGCGAUGAAGAAAUCGAGGGUCGCAGGACCUUCCAGCUCGAUGAAAAGAUUGAAUGUGAAAGAUACAAUCUUAAUAAUUUCACAGGAUUGUUCCGUGAAAUGGCUGGUUCGGAACUGACUCUGGCAUACCUACAGAAACAUGGUCUUAGUAUACCAUUACUCUUUAGAGAGAAAUCUGGACUGGGAUUACGAGUACCCAGUUCAAACUUUUCUGUUAAUGAUGUCAGAACAUGUGUUGGUUCCAAAAGAAUAUUAGAUGUAAUGGAUGUCAACACACAAAAAAAUGAAGAUAUGACAAUGAAAGAAUGGCAGAAGUAUUAUGAAGACCCCAACAAAGACCGCUUAUUAAAUGUCAUUUCCUUAGAAUUCAGCCAUACUAAAUUAGAAAAUUAUGUGCAAUCACCUGCAUUAGUACGGCAGGUUGAUUGGGUAGAUGUUGUUUGGCCAAGGCAUUUGAAGGAAGCACAAGUGGAGUCUACAAAUCUUUUGGAAGACAUGAUGUAUCCAAAAGUACAAAAAUAUUGUUUGAUGUCUGUAAAAGGAUGUUACACUGACUUUCAUGUUGAUUUCGGCGGAACUAGUGUUUGGUACCAUAUUUUACGAGGUGGAAAAAUAUUUUGGUUAAUCCCUCCUACUGAAAAGAAUUUAGCUCUUUACCAGGAAUGGGUAUUGAGUGGUAAACAAUCAGAUGUAUUCUUUGGGGAUAUGGUGGACAGGUGUGGCAGGAUAAGUUUAACAUCUGGUAUGACAUUAUUCAUCCCAACUGGUUGGAUUCAUGCUGUAUAUACACCUCAAGAUUCUUUAGUUUUUGGUGGAAACUUCUUACACAGUUUUGGUAUUGAGAAGCAAUUGAAAGUUGCACAAGUCGAAGAACAUACAAAAGUUCCACAAAAAUUCAGAUAUCCAUUUUUCACUGAAAUGUUAUGGUAUGUUUUGGAGAGAUACGUACAUGUACUCCUAGGCAGAAGUCAUUUGGAUAUUUCUGAAUCACAGCGUCAACAUUCAAUUCCACAACAUCAUCAACAUCUGCACUUAACACCGUUUGAAUUACAUGGUUUAAAAGCAAUAGUUAUGUAUUUACAUUCGCUGCCUUCUACUAAGAAGAAUGUGCCUGAUCUGAUCCGUGAUCCUGUUGCCUUAAUUCAUGAUGUUCGAUGUUUGGUAGAGCAACACAGGCAUGAUAAUCCAGAAGCAGCCGUGACGGGAAAUCCUGUGUUACCACCUCCACCACCAUUAACAAUUGCAGAAAGGGAGCGCUUGAGAGUAACUAAGAAAAGUUUUGCAAAGAUACAGAGGCAUCACUCGCAGGAAAAGUCUGAGAGGGCUUUCCCUCGUCGAAGACGCACUAGGUGUAAAAAAUGUGAAGCAUGUACAAGGACAGAUUGUGGGGAGUGCAUGUAUUGUCAAGAUAUGGUGAAAUUUGGUGGAAGUGGCCGUGCCAAACAAACUUGCUUAAUGAGACAAUGUCUAAGGCCUAUGCUCCCAGUUACAGCAGCUUGUAAAGUUUGUCGAUUAGAUGGCUGGGGACAGCCACCUGCACCAUUAAUGGGAAAGCCAACACCAACAGCGCCAUCAAGUUUAGUAGAAUGUUCGAUAUGCUUUGAUAUUGUCCAUCCGGAAUGCAUAGGAUUGGAUCAUCAAAGUAUAACGGUUAGCGAUGAUUUACCGAAUAGUUGGGAGUGUCCGUCGUGUUGUGAAAGCGGUCGAAAUCUAGACUGCAGGCCACGUCAACCUAAGGCUCGUGCACGAAAACUUUCUGUAUCUAGUGCUGCUUCGUCAGCACCGACAACAGAUUCUGAACGGGCUACUACACCAAGUAAACGUUCAAGACCCGAUCCCAGCGAUGCAUGGAAUGACAGAGAACCGGCUGAGGGUGAACAGCGAACAGCUUUACGUACACAAUUAGCUGUACAAUUAACUGGUUCAAGUAGUAAGUCAUUGAAGAGGCCCCACGUGGUAGUUAGACCUGUUCCGCUUCCGCCUGUUCAAAGACCAGGGCCCGAUUUUAAUGGACAAUCUUUAGUGUAUGACAAGACAGCAGUACUUGCUAUUUUUAGAUUUUUAAAUGCAAAGGAUCUGGCGAAUUGUGCCUUGGUUUGCCAUACAUGGGCCAGAUAUAGCAUUGAUCCUAGUUUAUGGAGAAAGCUGAAUAUGUCUCAUUCUCAUCUAACAGCUUUACAUUUGAAUGGUAUUAUACGUCGCCAACCGGAACAUCUGUCCCUUGACUGGACGAAUGUCACUAAAAGACAAUUAGCCUGGUUGCUUAGUAGAUUACCACAGCUCAGAACGUUAUCUGUACAAGGUUGUACGUGGGCUGGAGUCUGUGCUUUGAGAACAUGUACUUGUCCGCCACUCGUUACCUUAGAUCUGAGUCAUGUAUCUGGACUGAACGACUCGAGUUUGAGAGAGGUGCUCAGCCCACCUACAGAUUCGAGACCUGGUUUAAUUGACAAAACGUCAAGAUUGAAACAUCUUAAAAACUUGUCCUUGGCUGGAUGUAAUAUCACUGACGUAGCUUUGAGGUAUAUAGCUCAACACUUACCUUUUCUUGAAACAUUAGAUCUAUCGUCCUGUGGCAGAGUUACUGAUGCUGGCGUAGCUCAAUUAGCGACUCCACCGGCGCAUUUGGUAACGAACUUAGCGUCACUGAACUUGUCGAACUGUAAAUUACUCACGGAGACAACAUUAGAUCACUUGACGAGAUGUAAAGUGCUUAAACGUUUGGAUCUCAGACACACCACUCAAGUUUCGACACAAUCUGUAAUCAAGUUCGCUGCGAAAAGUAUUCAUAAUCUGCAUGUGACAGACGUUAAGUUGGUGGAAGAAAAGAAGAUAAAAGCAGAAAUUAAAAUUACAUGA